CCACUCUCCUCCAGCUGGGGCGGUGUUGAUCUUGGAGCUGCUUCACGGACUGCAGCUAGCACGAAGAAGAAGAAGAAGGAGCUAACCCGUGCAGCUAACAGUUCUUCAGUAAACAAACAAAAGAUUCACAUUGGUUUGUUUGUCAGAAUCUCGGACAUGUCAGCUGAUACCAAGAUUGCCGAGCUGCUGACGGAGCUCCAUCAGCUCAUCAAACAGACUCAGGAGGAAAGAUCCCGGAGCGAACACAAUCUACUCAACAUUCAGAAGACACAUGAGAGGAUGCAGACUGAGAACAAAACUUCUCCGUACUACAGGACCAAGCUGAGGGGACUGUACACCACGGCUAAAGCAGAUGCCGAGGCCGAGUGCAGCAUCCUGCGUCACGCUCUCGAUAAAAUCGCAGAAAUCAAGUCGUUGUUGGAGGAGAGGAGGAUUGCUGCUAAGAUGGCCGGAGUUUACAGUGACAGCGACCCUCCCAGGAAGACGAUGAGGCGCGGGGUCCUGAUGACGCUCCUCCAGCAGUCGGCCAUGACGCUCCCUCUGUGGAUCGGAAAGCCGGGAGAGAGCCCGCCCCCUCUGUGUGGGGCGACUCCCGCCAGCAGCGACUACGUGGCCAAACAGGGCGACAAAGUGGCAGCGAGGGUGAAAGCCGUGGACGGAGACGAGCAGUGGAUCCUGGCUGAGGUCGUCAGCUACAACCACUCCACCAACAAAUACGAAGUGGACGACAUUGAUGAGGAAGGAAAAGAGAGACACACUCUGAGCAGACGGCGGAUCAUCCCUCUGCCUCAGUGGAAAGCAAACCCAGAGACGGACCCUGAGGCCCUGUUCAGCAAGGACCAGCUGGUGUUGGCCCUCUACCCACAGACCACCUGCUUCUACCGGGCCCUCAUCCACACCCCACCACACAGGCCUCAGGACGACUACUCCGUGCUGUUCGAGGACACGUCGUACGCUGACGGUUACUCCCCCCCUCUGAACGUGGCUCAGCGAUACGUGGUCGCCUGCAAAGAGAACAAGAAGAAGUGACGGGUGUCUGGCUCUGAGCAGACUGACGCAUGAACACACCGACGAAGCCUGUUUGAUCGUUUAGUUAGACAUGAUUCAGUUUUUAUAAGAGACGAUGUUCAGAGCAGCUUCUGGAAGAUUAGUCAAGAAUCAAAUAAAAAACAUUUGGUGCUGAAGCGGGAGAGUUUGUGUCUCGAGUGAAAACAUCCCAGAACAGACGUUUUUAAAUGAGACUGUAGCUGUUCUCAGACCUGUGGGUAGAAUCCAGAGACUCGUCUCCAGAGACUCGUCU